AAUGGAUGAAAUUGUAACAGUUUUUGGUCGGAUUAAAGUCACGUUAACGACUAAAUAAAUUAUACUAUAGUAUUGAUUUGUGUCGAUAGUGUGAAGAUGAGCAACAAUGAGCAAACUGUACUGAUAGCCAUGGGAGAUAUCGAUUUUUUGUCGGAAAGUAUCGUUAAAAUAGAAGAGGUGAAAGAAGAGCCCAUGGACAAGAGAGAAGACUAUUGCUGGAAUUCCAUUGCAAAAUGUGAACCUGGUGCUUUAGAUCAUUCAAUAAAAGAAGAAAAUAAUAAAGAUGAUGGCGAGAUGGAGCCGCCAGAAGCCAUGUUUAUUGAGCCAAUAGAGAAGCUAAAAGAAGCCUUUAUUGAAGAAACAAAGGAUCUUCUUGCGGCACGCUGUGAAAGUGCUUCUUGGGGAACAAUAAAAACCGAAAUUUCUUCAUCCCCUGGCGGAGAAUUGCAUAGUCACAUGGGAAUCCACCCCAGUGGGAAAAAAAUUCAGUGUUCUAUCUGUGAAAAGGGUUUCAGUGGGAAAAGGCACUUAGAAAUGCACAUGCGGGUCCACACUGGGGAAAAACCUUUUCAGUGUUCUAUCUGUCAAAGGAGAUUCAGUCAGAAAGGAAGUUUAGAUAGGCACAUGAGUACCCACACUGAUGAAAAGCCUUUCCAGUGUUCUAUCUGUGAAAAGAGCUUCAAUCUAAAAGGAAAAGUAGUAAAGCACAUGCGAACUCACACUGGUGAGAAACCUUAC